UGCCACGUCAAAUUUUGAUACCCAACCCCCCGCGUAGCAUUCUAUUUACCCCACACAAGCCGUCGCUUUCCAAUGUUGACGCAUCCUGUUCUGAAAUCCUGCAUUCCCAUCGCAUGCUAUAUGCUGGAUGAGAUCACAUGUCACGAGGCGGCUGAUAAGCCAGUGGAGAGGCUCAGAAGGCGGUAGAAGAGCAUCCCAUGAUUUCAUCAGGGGACCGACACCGGGAGGCACCUUCAAAGUACCCUUUCCUUCGCCAAAGAUUGUUGGGAUUCAAGCAGCUAGAGGCACAUCAGCCGAGCAGCAAGAUCAAUCGGCUGUGCAUGCCCUACAGCUCUCCCCUGCAGAGAUACAAUACUCUCUAGAAAAGAUCAAAUACAAGUGGGACGCGAGCAAAGCCGGAUCACCCUUCUUAGCCUCCCAAGUAGCAUUUUUCGGCAUCUAUGAUGGCCAUGGAGGAGCUCAAGUAUCAACACAUCUAGCUGAGAAUCUGCACAACUUGAUUGAAUCUGUCCAAUCGGAUCAUGCCAACUCUCUGGUACAAUGGACCAAAUCAACUCAUCAAGGGUACUUCAAACGUUGGCGUGGGGGAGUGUUGUCAAAGUGGACAAAGGCAGGUCAAACGAGUGACGCGUCAGCCCAGACCUCUACGAGCGGGCCAAGUGGGAAGGUCAUGACGCUUGAAGAGAGGUUGACUCUGGCUUUUCUACAAGCAGACCAAGAUAUUCUGAAGAAAUAUGAAGAGUCUCACAAGAUGGGAUCGACGGCCAGCGUGUUGCUCCUGCAUUCCUUGGAUUCUCCGGCUGUACCUUAUUGGGCCGCAAAAGAGGUGUUUCUCACUGUGGGACAUUGCGGGGACACCCGUGUACUUCUGUGUCAUGCUCCGACUGGCAAGGUUGUGCCUCUGACCGAGAGGCAUCAUGCGGAAGCUCGUGUCGAGGCUGCCAGAUUACGACGGAUGGGGGCGGAUAAUCUGAUUCAAGAUUCGUUUGGGGAGUCAAAGUGGAUGGGAGCUAUAGAGAAUACUAGAGGAUUUGGCGAUGGCGAUUGGAAGUCAUCCGGCGUGACUGCAGAGCCAGAAGUGAUCUCUCGUGUUCUGAAGGGAGCCGAAUACUCGUACCUUGUCCUAGUGACAGAUGGUUUGACUGAUCUCAUGUCAGAUCAAGAGAUUAUCGAUCUCGCUCGGAAUGCCUCGGACCCGACACGAGCAGCCACCACCAUCAUUCAUUUUGGAGAAGACCUGAAUGCUGACGACAAUUGUACUUGUAUUGUUGUACCGCUCGCAGGAUGGGGUCAAGUCAAAGGUCAAGACUCAACCGAAGCGAGGAGAGAGUAUCGUCGGAAUCAAGCUGGCAUGAUGAAUACAAGGAUGCAGAGGAUGUAGGGAGUCUUGCUGGGGGAAAGAAGGAGGUCGAGCAUUCAUCAUAGCAUUUAUCAAAGCAUGGAUCGGAAUCAAAUUUCUGAAACAAGUUCAGAAC